GAUCUGCGCAUCAAAGUGAGCGACUAGAGCAAAGUUUGGCUCGAGAGGAGGUAGCAGCAACAGCGGAACGCCAACCCCGCGCGGAAAACCAAACCAAACUUUCUUCCGUCGUCCCCCGGCUGCGCUUUCUGCUGCCGCUGCGCCCAGGACCAGCCCGGCCCAGGGGCUCGGACCUCCCUCAACCCCAGCCCCGGGGGGGCGGCUGCACAAGGGACCCGCGCCCACCCGGGAGCCGAGCCCGGAGCCGACAAGUCGGGGCCAGAGUUGGGGCGAUCCCCCGUCCCCCCGUCCCGGGGAGCCCCUCCCCCUCCGGGGGACCCCCACCCCGCCCCCCCGCAAUGUCGUCCAUCCUGCCGUUCACCCCCCCGAUCGUCAAGCGCCUGCUGGGCUGGAAGAAAGGCGAGCAGAACGGCCAGGAGGAGAAGUGGUGCGAGAAGGCGGUCAAGAGCCUGGUGAAGAAGCUCAAGAAGACCGGCCAGCUGGAUGAGCUGGAGAAGGCCAUCACCACCCAGAACAUCAACACCAAGUGCAUUACCAUCCCCAGAUCCUUAGAUGGCCGGCUGCAGGUGUCUCACCGGAAGGGUCUCCCUCAUGUGAUCUAUUGCCGCUUGUGGCGAUGGCCUGACCUUCACAGCCACCAUGAGCUGCGGGCCAUGGAAUUGUGCGAAUACGCCUUUAACAUGAAGAAGGAUGAAGUGUGUGUGAAUCCAUAUCAUUACCAGAGAGUGGAGACACCAGGUUCUCCCAAUUUAUCGCCAAAUCCCAUGUCUCCAGCACACAACAACCUGGACCUGCAGCCGGUGACCUACUGCGAGCCCGCGUUCUGGUGCUCCAUCUCCUACUAUGAGUUGAACCAGCGGGUUGGGGAGACCUUCCACGCUUCCCAGCCCUCCAUGACGGUGGACGGCUUCACCGACCCAUCCAACUCGGAGCGCUUCUGCCUGGGCCUGCUGUCCAAUGUGAACCGGAAUGCCGCCGUGGAACUCACCCGGCGACACAUCGGGAGAGGAGUGCGGUUGUAUUACAUCGGCGGGGAAGUGUUCGCCGAGUGCCUCAGCGACAGUGCCAUCUUUGUCCAGUCUCCCAAUUGUAACCAGCGCUAUGGCUGGCACCCGGCAACCGUCUGCAAGAUACCCCCAGGAUGCAACCUGAAGAUCUUCAACAACCAGGAGUUUGCGGCCUUGCUGGCUCAGUCGGUCAACCAGGGGUUCGAGGCGGUGUACCAGCUGACGCGCAUGUGCACCAUCCGGAUGAGCUUCGUCAAGGGCUGGGGAGCCGAAUACAGGCGGCAGACUGUGACCAGCACCCCCUGCUGGAUCGAGCUGCAUCUCAACGGGCCCCUGCAGUGGCUGGACAAGGUCCUCACCCAGAUGGGGUCUCCCAGCAUCCGCUGCUCCAGCGUGUCGUAGAGAGGUGCCUCUGGGAAAGAAAAUGGCACCUGAACCCUCAGGUGUCUAAGAAGAAACUUUUCUUCUCCCUUCUCCCGGCUGCACGCCCCCGACCCUCUGACCCAAAGUGGUUUCACACACUUUAUAAAAAAGAAACGAAACAACAACAACACAAGCCCUUCCCUCAGAGGCUGUGUUUGGAAAACUGUCCACAUUGGCAACUCCCGCAAGGACAAGGUUAGUGCCAUGGGCCCAGCCCGUGGGGCUGUCCAGAGCCAGGGCCAAGCCUCCGUUCGCCAUUCCCCAACCUGGUGGAAACGGUCCUUCUGGUGGCUGGAGGCUGAAGAGGGAUUGAUCAUUUUGCAUCUUUUUUUUUCCCCCAUUUCUGAAUUUUCUCUUCCCCCACCCCUCCUCCUCCUCUUCGGGUCCCUUCUGCUCUUGGGGACCUGAGCAUUGAAUUGGGAAAUCCCUGGUGGCCCCGGGACAAGGUGGAGACCGAGGUUUCUCCAGGUCGUUCCAGGCAUUUGGCGAGAAAGGGGCCACCGGUCCCGAAGCUCCAGGUUGACCUCUGUGACCUCUACAGUUGGGAAGGGAAGAAAGGAUUGGUUUGAGCAUCCGCAAGACCCGUCUCGCCAGCAUCUUCUGGUGGGGAGAGAGACCGCGGCGUCAGUCUCCGCAGAGAUGGAGCAGGUGGCAGGAGAAUCAGGGGAAAUGGUAAAAUGCACGUGCGGUGAGGAAGAGGACAGAGUGGGAGACUAUCGUGGUCUACGUGUUUCUCUGUCUCUCCACAUCAUACUUCCUCCAGCUGAGGAGCUCAGUCCAGGCCCUGUGCAUAUGCAAUGUAUAGUUCAUAUUAUCACGUCAAUCUCAAAGAGAUUUGAAUGACAUUAGCUAUUUUACGAGAAGCGGAGGCAAACGCCAUUGGCUUUUAAUGUUGCAAUAGUUGUAUUGGCUAGAACAGCACUACAGAGUGGGCUUUCCUCCCCUUCUCCCCCCACCCAACCCCCCUUCCCACC